AUGUGCAGCGCUGCUACCCUGGAGGAGGAUGCCGAUUACCUCCCCGAGCGCCAACGGUCGCUUGCACAGGGGCGGCUUCUGCGCCUGCUCCCGUCACUGGCAGUACUGGAUCUGAGCACGCUCUCGCGCUCGCACUUUCCUGAUGCUGAGAGGAGCUACGGCACGUCGGGGAAGGGGUUGUUGCAUUUUGCUGCGGUAGAAAUGGUGGAUCACGACGAUGUGCUGAUGCAUGUCACGCUGCUUGAGUUCUUUGGGGAGCUUGUGAGGGAAGUGAGCCGUGUUGUGCUUGGGAGAGAAGAGGAGGCGUGGUUGAGGGGUUUGGUGGAGGAGGCUGGGGUGAGGGAUCAGUUGGUGGGAGGGAUGUUGGAGGCAAUUGUUGGGGAGGAGGGAGUGACUGGGGAGUUGGUGGAGCUGUUGAGACGGCUGGGUAUUAGGGGCGUUGGGGAGACAUGA